AAGCGAUCAUGGGUUCUUCUUCUAGAAAUUUGUAUGCAGGAAUAGGUGAAGGGCAAUCAACCACACGGCCACCUCUUUUUGAUGGAACCAAUUAUACAUAUUGGAAAGAACGAAUGAGAAUCUAUAUUCGUUCCACGAACUUCCAAUUAUGGUUGGUUAUCAAAAACGGGGAAGAGGUGCCGAUGAAGAAAGUCGGAGACAAGUUGAUCCCCAAGACCGAAGACGAGUUUGAUGCCGAGGACAUCAAAAAGGUCGAGAAUUAUGCAAAAGCAAUAAACAUGCUUUAUUGUGCCGUAAAUCCUGAUGACUACCGCAAGAUCUCUUGCUGCUCAACCGCCAAAGAGAUGUGGGAUAAACUUGAGGUGACGUACGAAGGAACGGACCAAGUACAACAAGAAUCCAUUAAGAUUCGGUUCUCAAGAAUGAAGUCGAAACACUAAACUAGCGUAGAAUUUAGGUAGAAACCGAUGCCAUACAAAAUAAAGAACCAUCAAAUAAACAUCAAUGUGAUCACACUUUAUCAAAGUAGACCACGUCCAGGCUCUUGCAUAAUCCACUUCCAGCUUCUAGUACCAUGCAUCAUCCCAACAAUAGUACGGUAGGCAAAACAAGGGCAUGAAGGGAGAAUAUAUUGGGGGUACCAGCAUAGCCAAGAUAACCCAAGCUCUUCCAAAUACCCCAACCGAAAGGGUCAAGACGAGCAUUAGGUAGCGUGCCAGCAGGACCAAAAAGGCAAAAUACAACAUAAUAACCAACCCCAAUCGGAUUGGUGUUACCUCCACCAUGAGGCAAAACCGGGUAAAGAAUCAGCUUCACUUUUGAACAAAAAUCAGCCGCAAACAGAUCCAAAAGCAGCGGGGAAUACAAGCCAAUACGCUGCCCAGGGACACCAUAAAACUUCCAAAUUGUUUCAGAUACACCAUCAGCGAACCCACCCACAACAGGACUGCCCAAACAGCCCUCAAACAAAUGGCAGUAGCAUUUUCCACUGUCAACUUCCACAGCGAGGAAGUGACGUUAUCCAGCCCAUGGUUCCAGCAUCCUCUCCGGAAAUAGGACUUCUAGGGCCAGCAACAAGACAUGCCAAGCCCUGUCCCCAUUCCUUAGUCACGCAGGACAAAAACAGCAAGUAUUACUGUUCAUUCCAGCGAGUCAAAGUCCUUGUUGUUAGAGGCAUAUAAACCAGUAGUUAGUCUGGUUUUAAGCCAUAUACCAACUGCCGUCAAGUGUUAGUAAGAACCAAUCCAUAGCUUGCCUUCAAUUCAGCAAACUCAUCACCAAAAGUAGUGCAGUUUCUGCAUUUCAGUAAGGUCAAAGGCAUCCCCAACCUAGCUGGUCAGAGGUUGAGUUCAGCCACUCUAGAAGGUUUCCAAAGAUUGGCAUGUUGAAACCAGUCCAAAGCUUAAAUUGCAGUUCCAGCCCCACUAUUUGACACAAUUCAUAGAUUCAAAAUCCUCCACGAAGCAUGAACCAGAGCUCCAGGUUCACGCAAUUAACACUUCAAACACAAGCAGUCAAGAAUCAUGUGCUUUGGGCAGAUUUGGGCAUUUCCCAACCCCAACAGCCUACUCAUACAGUUCUUCCAUGGCUUCAGGUCCUCCACAACAAAAAAACACCCACAAAAAACCAACACAAGACUAUCAUGGUUCCAAAGUCAUGG